AGUUCGCUUUCUUUGUCCUUGCCAAAGUCAGUUGUCUUGCUCAUUUAUAGUCAGGUUGUUUAAUUUUGUUUUGCAUUUACAGAGUGUGAGGGAAAAGUGGUCAUCGAUCUUGAUCUGGGAUAUCGACAACUGAUUUCAUUGACUAUGAAGGAAUUUGAUAAAUGUUUUUGGGAGAUUCAAACACCUCUUGGAAUGCUGAUGCAGUUAUCUUUUCUAUCAUCUGAUGACCAAAAACUCAUUGGAAAUCUCAAACUGUGGUUUUUGCAAUAUAAUUCAGACGGUGCUAUUGUUUCUAGCUCAUUUCAAUGGUGGCCUCAAGGCGACCCAUACUUUCUGUAUGAAAAUACUAAUGCGACGUUAGUAAUACAAGUACCAGCUGCUAACUUGUCAAUCGUGACCCUCAAAUGUGAAUUCUUUUCGGCAAUUGUGCCAUUCUCACCAUGUGACUUUGACAAAGAUAAGUGUGGCUGGGAUAUAUCUGACACUGUCUGGCAAAGAUUUUAUAGUGGAAUGCUAUGACUCUAAGUUAGGAUACAAAGGAACUUUGGACAGGACAGUCACUGGACAGCCAUGUCAGAACUGGAAAUCUCGAUAUACACGC